ACACUGGAAUACGAGCCCGAAAGAGAGCUGGGCGGAGAGAAAAGGGGUCGCGUCUCACCUUUCAGCAAAGAUAGAGAGGGGGAGAUAUUCGAAAAGUUCAGUCUGCCCUCGGCGCGCUUGCUUGCAAGGCACGACUAGCCCUCUCAUUAUUGGCCGCCUGUCAGCACCGUAACAGACGGCAGAUGCGAGCAUUUAAACAAGAUCCGUUUCUGAGCUGAGCAGACCAUGCAGGCACAGGCAGUUUGAGUAGGUUUUGUAAGAGGGAGGAGGACGGAAGGAAGGAAGCAAAGAGGGGAAAAGAGCCGGAGAAAAGUUUGUAAGGAGACUCGUGACGGAGACGUUGCCGGUUGGUCGUUAAGCGCACGGUGGUGAAAGACUGUUCAGAGCUGGAAUCGCGGGGCAAAUCUAUCCUCAAAGAAACAGACAAGGGUUCCGUCGUUGGCCGCUGACCCGUGGAGAUAGUGAUUUUAUUGAUAUUCGACAGCUGCCGGCCACUCGCCUGCUUCUGUUUGCUGGGAUUUCGAUGCGUUGGGAAGCCACCAUGCGGCGCGAUCCCAUUUUGUUCGCUUCCAGGGCCAUGGAGGAGUUGGUGUGUGAGCUGCGUCUGUUCCUAGACCUGCUGGACAGGGAGUAUCUGAGUUCUGGGGUCAGGGAGAAGAAGAUACUCAUCUCCAACAUCCUCCACAGGGUCCUCAACGCUAAUGGUUUCUCUCAGAGCCCUCGUUCAAGUCAGAGAUCCACAGCAGCCUCCCGGCCCCCCCCCCAGAUGCCCCUCCCAGAGAUCCCACAACCCUGGCUGCCUCCAGACAACGGGCCUCCUCCUCUCCCCAGCUCGUCUCUCCCAGAGGGCUACUAUGAAGAGGCCGUCCCCCUCAGUCCUGGAAAAGCCCCAGAAUACAUCACCUCCAACUACGAUUCGGACCAGAUGAGCAGUUCGUAUGAGUCGUAUGACGAGGAGGAGGAGGACGGGAAGGGUAGAGGGAAGAAGAUGCGACACCAAUGGCCAAGCGAGGAGGCCUCCAUGGAUCUCGUCAAGGACGCACGCAUCUGUGCCUUCCUGCUGCGCAAGAAACGCUUCGGCCAGUGGACCAAGCUGCUCUGUGUCAUCAAGGACAACAAGCUGCUGUGCUACAAGUCAUCUAAAGACCAGGCGCCCCAGAUGGAGCUAGUGUUAUCAGGCUGCAGCAUCACACACGUCCCCAAGGACGGCAAGAAGAAGAAACACGAGCUGAAGAUCGUGCACCAGGGAGCAGAUGCCCUGGUCCUGGCCGUGCAGAGCAAAGAGCAGGCUGAGGAGUGGCUCAAGGUGAUGAGGGAGGUGUGCAGCAACGGAGGGGACUCAGAUGGAGCAGGCGCCGGGUCUCCUGUACACAAGCCCGACCUGGAGAAGAAGGUGUCAUGUGAUAGGCCGAGCUCAGAUGGCGAGCCGCCCCAUGAGAACGGACACACCUUCACCGACUGUAAGGACCAAGGUAAAGGAAAGAAGGACUCUCAGAAGAGUCAGAAGGGAGGCACGCUGGGAAAAGGGGCGGGAAAGAAGAUAACUAAGAUCAUUGGCCUGGGCAAAAAGAAGCCGUCCACUGACGAACAGACAUCUUCAGCCGAGGAGGACAUACCCACCUGUGGCUACUUGAACGUGAUGUCCAAUAACCGCUGGCGUGAGCGUUGGUGUCGUCUGAAGGACAACCAGCUGUUGCUCCAUAAGGACCGCGCUGACCUGAAGACCCAUAUGGCCAGCCUGCCCCUCCGAGGCUGCGAGGUCAGCCCCGGGCUAGACUCCAAACACCCCUUCGCCUUCCGCUUGCUCCGCAAUGGACAGGAGGUGGCUGUACUGGAGGCGUCCUCCUCAGAGAGUAUGGGUCGGUGGUUGGGGGUGCUGCUCGCUGAGACUGGUUCCACCACAGACCCUGCUGCCCUGCACUACGACUACAUAGACGUAGAGACUACCGCUAACGUCAUCCAGCUGGCCAAGCAGUCCUUCUGCUUCACUAGUAAACGCGUUGUAUCUCCCAACCCCUAUCUGGACAACCCUGUGAACGGUUAUGCCUGCCCCUCUGGAAUGGCACUGCACUAUGAUGAUGUGCCCAUCAAUGGAACGGACCCAGAGGCGUUAUACUCCAGCCCUGCCACCGGAGGGCGACGUCUGAGAGAGGAGGUGUUGUAUGAGGAUGCUGACCUCUAUGAGAACAUGCCUUCGCCCAAGCUGGCCGCCCGCUACUCCCCCAAGCCCAGCCGCCUAGCCUCUUCCUCCAGCCACUGCAAAACCCCUGGCCCUGUUAAAUCCAAAUUCCUCUCCUCCUCUUCCUCAGCUAACACUAACACUAAAGCCGGUACUCAGCUGAAGGGAAAGAAGGCCCCAGUGACCAAUGGGAUAGCGUCUAAACAGAAGGUGGACAAGAACCAGGCCAAGAAGACCAAUGGAACAACCAGUGGAGCAUCUGUGAAACGCAACAACUCCAGCGCAGAGCAGUAUAAGUACGGUAAGAACCGCGUGGAGGCGGACGCAAAGCGGCUGCAGGCUAAAGAGGAGGAGCUGAUGAGGAGGAAGCAGGAGAUCAGGAACCGUCUGACCCAGCUGAAGAAGGACCGGAAAGACCUGCGCACCGCCAUGGAGGCCAGCACCGGUAAGCGUUCCGCUGCGUCUCUGGGGGAGCGGCUGAAGAAGGUGGAGGACGAGUGCAAGCUGAAGGAGGACGAGAGGGUGAGCCUGGAGCUGGAGCUGACGGAGGUCAAGGAGAGUCUGAAGAAGGCCCUGAGUGGAGGAGUCACCCUGGGACUCACCAUUGAGCCCAAGUCUGGCACCUCCAGCCCGCAGUCCCCAGUGUUGCUGAGGCGUACCCUAGAGAACUCUCCCAUCUCCAGCUGUGACACCAGCGACACAGAGAGCUGUUCUACUCUGCCCGUCAACAGCGCCUCCCUCCUCCGCAGGACGGCUAAUCAGAAACCCUCGACCGUCCGCGGCCACGUCCUCAGGAAGGCCAAGGAAUGGGAGAUGAAGACUGGCACAUAAGCAGCAACUCUCUUCACAAACGAUCCUAUUGUACCAGCUUGUUUUUUGUGUGUGUGUGUAUAUAUUUAUUCACUUUUCACACGGGGGAAGAAGGUUGAAGAGGAGUACACUACAAGCGUAGCCUAGCCAACCAAAAAGACUAUGCUGAUUUGAGUAUACUUUAUUUCCAAAACAUAAAGAAAUAGCACUCUUUUUGUAGCUUACUAUUGUAUAAUACCGUGUAUUAUAUCUGGCAUGUUUGAACUACUCUGUCGUGCGGUUUUGGUAUUCGCCCAAUCGUUUUCGUUCUUUUCAGGCAGACAUCCAAUCAUAGACAGUCUUUUGUGAUCUGUUUCUCCAUCACCUACAAAUCUGGUUUCUACAACUCUUGGGGUUCAAAAAUCAAGUGCAAAACCAAGUAUUUAUUUGUAAAUGUUUAUUAAGUAAACAUCCCUGUGAUUAUUUAUGUUGAUAAUAUUUAAUGCUUGUUUUAUAGUAUAGCUGGCUCUCCGUAAGCGCCCAUGUCAUCUUUCCUAUUCAGUUAGAAGCUCUCUUGUUCACAAGCAUAUGUUUAGAGUGGUAACUGCACUGCACCACUAAUUUUCACGUCAUCUAAAUGGGUUAAUCGAAUCAUCAGUAUCACUGUUAGGCAAUCCAGAUGAUUUGCAGAUCAUCAAACCAGCAAUACACCUACUCCCUACUGGUUGAUGCUUGUGAGUGGGCCAUUGGAAUGCUUCACUCAGUAAAGUACAGGUCAGGCUAAGGCGUGGUCGUGUCCUGGUGAGUUUGGCCUCUGGCAUUGGAAAACUCCUAAAACCUCAAGUAACGUGGCCUCUUAUAUUUAAGCUUGACAACCAGGAGCCUCGGCCCAGCUCUUUUAAUCAUGCCACUGGUGUACUGUAGCCCUGUGAUCUGAUCUGGUGUGUGUAUGUGUGGCUUGUGUGUGUGUGUGUGUUUGUGGCUUGCAUGUUAGUGUGCACGACUGUGUGUGUGAGUGAGCGUGUUUGUGGCUUGCAUGUUAGUACGCACGACUGUGUGUGUGAGUGAGCGUGUUUGUGGCUUGUGUGUUAGUGCGCACGAUAGUAUAUGAGUGUAUGUGUGCGCGUGUGUUGAAACGUUUCCAAGGCACAUUCCAUCCCCAUCACUAAUACACUGUUAGAAAUAGAGGCCUGUAUGGUCCGAAAUACUGUGUGUUCUCCGCUUCAACCAGAGACUGUGACCUAGUUGUGGAUUCUUGAACUUCCAACUUCUACUGUAGCAACACGUUUCAGCUCAUACACACCACAUAGGCACGCGCACGUGAACACACAAGCACACACAUUUAUGUCAUUUAUUUCUAAUGGUGCUUUUGGUAUUGCUUUUACCACCUCUACAGUACACUGCAAAUACUGUCAUAUCCACACAGCUCAGUGUAACCUAACCACUGUGCUUUGUAGGAGUGAGAAGUAGCAUGUUGAUGUACUACUGCAAACAAGCUUUUACCAUUUACUCAAAGGCACAUUUACCUUUUAAAAUGGCUGGUUUAUGGUGUAUUUGGUUGGAAUAUGAGGCUGUGCAUAGCAAAAAUGGCCACCAAUGGAGGUUUCUCAAGUUAUCAGAGUGUAAAUAUUUGUAUAGCUUUUCCAAUCUGUUAGAUUGAUGCCGGGAUUCAAAUCCGAUCGCAUAUAUAAGCAGCAUUUACCAUGAAUGGGAUCUCCGCAAACCUGAGAACAUUGCCUUUAAAGGGAUGGUUUACACAAAAUGACAUAUUGACAUAUUGCUUACCGUGUAGGCAGUCUAUGGACAAGGUAUGACAGAAAUCCAUGCUUUGGAUUAGUUUCCCUGAUUAGUUUUCAAAAUGCAAAAGUUUUAGCAUUUGUGGCACAAAUCCCAUUGAAGCCAUGGGACCAAUAUUAGCAUUGUUCGUGCAUCAUCCAAAAGUAUCUACAUGUUAUUGUGAAGCUCACCAAACGUCAGUUAUUGAUGAUUUGAACAUGAUGCGAAAAAUUCUGAUAUCGGUCCCAUGACUUGAAUGGGAUUUGUACCAGAAAUGCUAAAACGUUAUUAUAAAACGCAUUUGGAAACGGUACCAGCCACUGCCAGGGAAACUAAACCCAAAGCUUGGAUUGCUGUCACACGUUGUACAUAGACUGCUUACCGGGUAAAGAAAUCAAUGUGUCAUUUUGUAAUUUGGGUGAACUACCCCUUUAAAAGCCACAAUGUCUAUAACCUGCGAUGGGAUUGAAUCCCGGCCAAAGUCCCACGAGAUGGCAAGCUAGAGCGAGUCAUAGUCACCACGAGAUGAGGGAGAGGAGGACAAGUUAAGCGUCUAAUCCAUUUUGAAAGCCUAUCUUUGUAUAAACACCCUCAAAACUGAAAUGGGACAAGAGAUAUGUCAGUGAGAAAAUGUGAACCCACAUUGCGGGAGGGGAGAUUGGGGGGGGGGCAGAGGGAGUAGGGGAGAAACAGAAACUUUGUUUGUUUUGCACCUUAGACUUUUCUACUCCAUUGUACUUCUUUUGACAGUUGCCAACUCGGUGACGAACGGCUGUAAAUAAAAGCAAUAAACUUCUUUCCAAAUGUC